AUGGCCGCGGUCGCAGUCACCCUUCCCACGGUCGCGUCCUUCGCUACAGCUUCCGCUGGGAAGAAGGCGGUCCCUUGCAAGGCCGCUCAUGUGGCCGCUCUGCCCGUCUUCCGCUCUACAAGGAGCACUGUACAAAGGCGUGGCGCCGCUCUUAGAGUGACGUGCAGCAGCACCAAGCCGGAGGCGGAGGUGGCUGAGAGGGUGGAGAAUGCGGGCGAGCAGGAGGCGUUCCUGGCGUCAGGCUUCUUGGAAAAGGCGACGCUCAUGUCGGCUGCUGCCAUGACGCCGCUCCUGCUCAACGUGCAGGACGCGAUGGCCGCCGGCGGCGAGUUCGGCCUGCUGGAGGGCCGGACGGCGGCGCUGGUGCACCCGUUCGUGAUGGGCGGGCUGUUCUUCACGACGCUGUACGCCUUCUACCUGGGCCGCCAGUGGAAGCAGGUCCGCGUCGUCGGCGAGAAGAUCCAGGACCUCAAGAAGCAGCUCCCCGCUGGCGAGGACGCUGCAGCGGCGUCGCCGGUGUCCGGCGAGAUCGCCACGCUCACCGCGCAACGCGCGGAGCUGGUGAAGGGCAACUACCGCGAGAAGCACUUCAACGUGGGGUCGUUGCUGCUGGGCUUCGGCGUGCUCAUCGCCGUGGAGGGCUGCGUCAACACCUGGUUCCGCACCGGCAAGCUCUUCCCCGGCCCCCACCUCUGGGCCGGCGCCACCAUCACGGUGCUGUGGGCACUGGCUGCGUCGCUGGUGCCGGCGAUGCAGAAGGGCAACCCAGUGGCGCGCAAGGCGCACGUGGCGCUCAACAUGCUCAACCUCGCGCUCUUCGCGUGGCAGAUCCCCACUGGCCUUGAGAUUGUCGGCAAGGUCUUCGAGUUCACCUCGUGGCCUUGA